GAUUCACGCCGCCACUGCUCCUGCCGAAGGGGUCUUCGCGCUGCCCUCCACAGAAUGGCUCCCAGCUUCAGUGGUCCUUUCAACCCCGAAGUCACGCAUUUUCAGCGAUUCUUGACCGGGCAGCUGUCGCAAGAGGCAUAUUUCGGCCUCCGGCAUCAGGACGAGGCGUGGGCUCUCUCCGAGAUCAAGACGGCUGACCCUUCCCCUACACCCCAGGUGCAGAUUGCCCUCCACACGUUUAUGACCCUCUCUGACCGCCGGACAGUUUGGCUCGGCAUCCAUCUCGACACAGGCGGCAAGCGGUACGAUAACUUCCGCAGCUGUCCCAUCGAGUACCACAACAAAGACCAGUCGAGGCGCGGUGGUCCCUCCAUCACAGGGCUGAAGAACACAAAGCGUGUGCUGGAUCGGCUGGUGAGGGACCUUAUGCGCAACGGGGUUUAUCCGCAUCCCUUCAUUACCGUGUCAUGCAGUUUGGCGCAGCUAUCUAGCAUGAGCACAGAGGUAAACAAGUAGUGGCAUGCAAGCGUUGUCUAUUUUCUUAUUUGUUUGAUGUCUGCUCUACUCUCAGGCACACACCAUCACGCUCCCGAAUGUCCACUCUGAUACCCGCAACGGGCCGAUGCGUCCCUACUGCUUCCUGCCGCCUGAUGAGGCCUUCAGUCUCAUUCUUGGUGGCACCGUCGACACUCUGUUGGGGCUGGAGGCAGGCAGUGAGAUCAGGACAGCAGUCGAGGCAGCGCUCUCGGAGUUGAAGCAGGGAGAAGGCUCCGAGAUCCCCUGGGACCAGCCCAUGUUGCACCAGUCCUGGUGGCGACAGGUGGUGGAAGAGAACCUGGCGGAAUUCAUCAGGCCCGUUCUUGAUAAACACUGUGCAAAACAGGCUUCAGCGGUGAGUGGGAAGGGGAGAAAGUAUCGGUAUGAUGUGCUUGUAACGUCUUUGCCGUGCUGCUGAGUGUGUUAAGGCCUUAUCAGUCUCAGCGUUGCGCUCUCACGUAGUUGACAAGUUUCUGCAGGCGUGGGAUGGUUACCGCUUUGCAACACUUCAGCACAUAGAAUGGCCAGACAUGCAACUAAUGGGAAUACCCGAGCAGGCCUACGGACAGCUUCAAGAACUCUUGAGGGGGCGCCUGGUGGGAGUGGGAAUGGACUAUAGCUUGGGGCAGCUGGAUUUGGGUAAUGAGGGGCUGUCAGGAUUGCCAGCUUGGCAAGACGAACCACUGCGAGCUUGUGAGCUAGGGUAUAUUGCUGUGUAACGGGUGGAGAGAUGAGAAGACAAGGAAAGACAAGGAAAGCAUUCUGAGGAGACACGAUCUUAUCAGCCAUCACCGAAGUGAGAUCUGUGUUGACCACCCUUCAUGAUGCCAUACAUGGGCCAGGAAGUGAUUGAAUGAAUGAAUGAAUGAAUGAAGGGGGGGAAACUGUCAUUAACCGUAACACUCGUCUGUGUGUCCGUGAUACUCAUACAAAUACAGUCC